CGCUGCACUUGUGAACGGGCUUCGAGCGAGUUAAAAGCGAACAAUAAAUGCGGACCGCGAUCGAGGAGCACAGUGAACUCAGCUACGAGCAGGGCCGCCAGCGCGCAGACGGUGCGGACAGCGAAAGUGCAACUCUACUGACCGCCUGAUGCUGCGAUUGCAGUGCAGCCACCCAUUGCAACGCCUAUUUGCCUCAAAUGCGCCGCUCUGACCAGCCGCCCAAGGGAGUCGAGCGAAGAAUCCUGCUGUGCGCGUGGGAAAAUGUAAACAAAGAGCCGAAUAAGUGGUAGAACAAGCGGAAAACACCUGAAAACCACUGAGGAAAUAUCGAAAAAGCGCAGCUUUGUUGUUGUGCCGGCUGAGCAACUGUCCCUGUGUGCGCGCGUGUGUGUGUGCGUCGUGCAGUCGCGCGUGUGUGAGUGAGCAGACAACAAAAGAGCCCCCUCGCCUGGUUACCGUUACUUGCACUGCCAAAACAGCAAAGAGAGGAGGUACAAGGAGGAAAUAAGGAAUAACAGCGGUCCUGCCGAAAUAAAGUCAAUUACCGAGAGUCGGAGGAGUCGACGCUGUGCACAACAAAAUGGCCUUGAUAAGACUGGCAAGACAACUGGGCCUGAUUGAUACUAUAUACGUGGACGGAGCUCGCCCAGAUCACCGAGCUAAUGAUCCCGAGGACUCGUUCAACGAAGCCGAAAUCACAGACGCAGUACCCUUGAAAACCAAAAAGAACAAGUCCAAGCAGCUGGCCAUGCAGCCGUACACAUAUGUAAUUGCCGUGGAUUUUGAGGCCACCUGCUGGGAGAAGCAGGCUCCCCCACAAUGGCGGGAGGCAGAGAUCAUUGAAUUCCCAGCCGUGUUGGUCAACCUAAAGACGGGCAAGAUCGAGGCCGAGUUCCACAAGUACAUCCUGCCCAUCGAGUCGCCGCGCCUAAGCAGCUACUGCACCGAGCUGACGGGCAUCCAGCAGAAGACCGUGGACAGUGGCGUGCCGCUGCAGACGGCGCUGAUGAUGUUCCACGAGUGGCUGCGCAAGGAGCUGCGGGCCCGCAACCUCACCUUGCCGAAGAUGAACAAGUCGAACUUGCUGGGCAACUGCGCCUUCGUCACCUGGACCGAUUGGGACUUUGGCAUGUGCCUGGCGAAGGAGUGCAACCGCAAGCGGAUGCGGAAGGCGGCCUACUUCAACCAGUGGAUCGACGUGCGGGCCGUCUACAGGGAGUGGUACAAGUACCGGCCGUGCAACUUCACAGACGCCCUCAACCACGUGGGAUUGGCCUUCGAGGGCAGGGCCCACUCGGGCAUAGACGACGCCAAGAACCUGGGCGCCCUCAUGUGCAAGAUGGUGCGCGACGGAGCGCUCUUCUCGAUCACCAAAGAUCUGACGCCAUAUCAGCAGCUCAACCCCAACUGCGUGUUGUGAGCUCCAGCGGCCAGCAAUCCCUCCAAACGAAACGCAGAAUAUCCAUUUAGUGUUUAGUGGACUUCGUUUAACUAUUGAUACAAGACGCAAGGAGAAGGAUGAUUGCUACGAAGAUGUGUAAACUGAAAUCCAAUGAGAAAUCGCAUGAAAUUGUAAAUUGUUUUUUUUCUUCCCUUGAAAUUUGUCCUGAUUUUCUUGUAACGGCAAUUGAUAAGACUUGAACUAUUCGAAGCAUCGCGCGAUCAUGCAUAUAAAUAUUUAAAUAGCUAUACAAA